ACUCCCUAGGGUUCAAAGGGCAACACAUGAUUUGAUCCGGCUCGACUGUGUUGCGGUCACUGUCAGUAGCUGAAAACCUUGGUACUCCUUACAGGAACCAUGUCUUUCGCCAGUUCAAAGAAAGAUCCCAACGAAGAAAAUGGCACGGAGAUUGUAUACGACAAGGUGAAACUGGCUGAUAUUCCGAAAUUCUCCGAUUUAAACCAAGAAGUGAUGGCCUUUGUGGAUAAAUGCACUUGGAUGGAUAAAUAUGGGGUAGACUGGUGCAUAACUUCCCUUGGCUUUGUCAUGGUGUAUGUAGCGCUGGUCUGCAUGCAGUCAUCCAACCCCCUGACAUUUUGUUUAGGCGUGUUUAUAUAUGGAUACUGUUUCCAAAUGUUCUCUGUGCGCUGUGCACAUUCCAGUGUGCACAACGCUUUGUGCGAGUCCCGCACAUUAAAUCGCAUUUGGGGCUAUUUCUUUGGAGACCUAUGUGGUUCGUUUUCAUCCGACGUCGGAUAUGAUAUCCACAUCCGCAUACACCAUCCGCACACCAACAUAAUUGGCCUGGGUGACUCCAGCAGUUGGAAGGUGUCUUUCCUCCCAGCUCUCUUCUACAUGUAUUGCGCCCCUCUUCUCCUUCCUCUGAUGUCAGUACCUGUCUCCAUCAAAGAGCUCUGGGGACAGUGGAUGAAAAUGGCCAGAUAUUGCACCCUAAUGAUGAUUGGAAUAGCCAUCAACUUGAUCCUGUUGAUGAAAAUUUCAGGAUUUUCUUUCAUCGGAGCCUGCUUUUGCAUUCACGUGUCUCGUGCCCUCUUAUCUAUACCGUACAUCCAUGUCAAUAUAUUUCAACACAUUGGGCUUCCAAUGUACUCACGGGACCACAGACCAAAGAAAAUCUAUCAAAUGUCAACGGGAGUCCUAAAUCUGCCCCGCAAUCCGUUUUUGGACUAUACCUUUGGACACGCCAUAAUCAGCGCUCACGUGGAGCAUCAUCUGUUUCCUCACAUGUCCGACAACAUGUGUCUAAUGAUCAAACCCAUUGUUUCCCAAUUUCUGCGGAAAAACGACCUGCCAUACAAUGAGGAUAAUUACCUGAGCAGAAUGUGGCACUUCACCGUGAAAUAUAGAGAGUUGAUGGUGAAUGCACCACCCAUUACUCAUUUCGUUGGAAUCCAGUAAAGAACUGUUUGCCUUUUGAACGGCUGUGCAUGGUAAACACAUUAACUUGACAUUUGAACAAUGCUUGCUUUAAUUCACUUUAUAUAUAAUUACAGAAAAGAUAGGAAGACUUUAUAACUUUACAUGAAUUUUAUUUGCUGAAAAUGAUAUGAUCAGAAAUGAUUUUUGCUUUCUCGUAAUUUUCACACAUUGAAAGUUUUUCAGAAAUUGAAAUUUACAUAAAGUACUAAACAAAUUCAAAUCUUCACUCAAAAUGAGUUUUUCUGUAUGUCAGUGAAAAUCUGCAAUCGCAACUUCUUGAAUUGCUCUUAAAUAAUAUUUUUUGUUAAUAUUGAUCUGGUUCAAAAACCAUUUUGUGAGAAUUAAUAGAUGGAAAUCAAAAUAUGGAUGUAUUGCUGUAUAAUGGGUUAUUUUCACCCUAUGUAAUGUAAUUUUUGCCAUUCACAUGCAAACAGUUUGGCCAAUCUUGAAGUUGCGCAGACACACUUUUAUGUUUAAGGAGAGAUGAUUUGAGACAUUGGAAUUUUUGCCCAAUGACAACGUUGGCAAAAGGGGAGCAAACAAAACGAGGGCGUGUAUUUUUGUGUAUACCGUAUUUAUUCUCUGAUUAACUUGAUUUGUUUAAUACUAAUACAGUUAUUAUUUCAUCAUAUACAUUUAUGAAUAUUGUACAUGUAAUAUGAUAUAUGCAGUGAUAUUGAAUUAUUGAUUGAUUUUAUUGUUUACGUUUGUUUAUUCACAAAGCUUGAAGACUGUGAUUCAUGUAAUUUUGAUUUUAUUAGUGAUUACACAUAUACAACAAUGUACAAUGCAAACUCUCUGGUUUUAACAUGUUUAAUUGCUUCAUUGUUUUAUUUUUUAUUGCUAUGCAUGAUAUGUCUCGGUGCUUUGUGGAAUAUUGAAGGCACCCUCCCCAUGUAUUGCAUUCUGUCCCUCCCCCCUCCCCCCUUUUGAGUAAAAGCCAUAUUGGAAUUUUAUGCUUGAUACUAAUCAGAGAUGAGGUGGAUAUCGGAAGUUUUAAAGGGGAGGGGGUCAUAUCUCAUGUUUUCAUUUACUUGAUUGAAUCUGUUGCAUUCACAGUAUUAUUGUUUUGUUUUUCUUUAAGUAUUAUUAAUCAAUGUAAUAAUUACUAACAAUUUUAUUUAUUCAAUUGCAUUUUAUUUUUGUUGAUUUUUUAACAUGAUUUUAAUGAGCAGGGCUUUCAGUAUUAUUUGUGGAAGAGAUGAUGCAUGUAACACAUUUGAAGACAGUCUAAAAAAAAUUCCUUUGGAUUACAUGUACUUUGCCAUGGAUAAAAAUUUGAAUUCAUUAAGGUGGCUACAACUUUUUAUAAUUGGCAAAGGGGAAAAGAACCUAUAUAUUGCACAAUGCAUAUCCCCUCAUUGGAAGCCUUGCAGGAUCGUAAUUACUAAUGCAUUUUGGAAAAGAUUGGACAGAGUUCAAUGUAUUAACUUUAUGUUAAUUAUUGCCAAAUGCUGGGAAAUAAGAGCAAGUUCUUGAAUUGGAAAAUAAAACAAGACAUAAAAUUUUAUAUACUUUUGUUGUUGCCAAUUAUAUAUAUAUGUGUAAGAUCAUUGAUAAUGCUUAAGUAUAAUUUUAUAUGGAACACUACAUGUACUAAAAAUACUAUGUCAUAUUCAAAAUAUUACAGUACUUAUAAGGUCCUUUUAGUGAUGGGGUUUAAAUUUACACAAUCAUUGUCAGAAAUAAUUGUUUUUGUAUUUAAAAAAAAACUUAGUUAGAGAUGAAAUGCUUUUAAUGAAAUGCAUAGAAAUCUAUCCAUUGUCCUAAGUAAAUCCAAUCUAAUGGAUAUUUUUUUUGUUGGACAUUAAGUCAUGACAAAUCAACUGUUCUGUUUAUAUCUUGUUAUUAAAUGAUUUAUGCCAUUAA